AUGAUUCCCUUUAGAAAAAGGAAGCAUGCCGAUUCUGAAGAGGGUUGCAAGCGACCUCUAAAGCAGAAAUCGACAAAUGUUAGGAGAAGGCGGAGGAAUGAUAAAGAUAAAUUGGGUUCCUCGCACAGCACUAAUGCACGAGUCGCAACAAUUGACAUCCAACCAAGACUAAUGCCCACUAGUCUCGUCUUCGAAAGCGAAAACGUUUCAAUACGACUGGUCGAGGAAGAACUGUCGCAAACAGUCAGUUUUCGGGACAUCGGCGGCUCCCCGAAAUCACAACGGCGGCUGAGUACAGACAUGAUGGAUAUAAGUGAACAAUCUAUACAACUUGAAGACUUUAAUCAGCCUCCAAACUCCACUUCUACGCCUCUCGCAAGUCCGUGCAAGAACGAUUAUAUCGAAAAUGAAGCUCCCUUAUACCAACCUCAGGAAUAUUCGCCUACUACUGUAGACCAAUAUUUACAGUCACGGUGCAUGCUGUCUCCAAUCUACCAUACCAAGCCAUAUAUGGAGAAUCCUCGCGUGAAACAACUAGGAUGCGCCGAAUUCUCGAAGUUGCAAAUAAUACCAGUUUGUCCAAACACUGGCGGCAGAUCUAAGUCGUCUGUUGGAACACAUUUUUAUCACUCUAGCGGAGAACAUGCUACCUAUCAUGGUUCCAGUUUGAGUAGAAGCUAUAACAGUGGCAGGUAG